UAUAUUUUGAAUUUCAAGAAGCGAAAUGCAUCGUAGAUUUUCUUAUUCCAUAUGGAUUGCUGUUACCCUGUAUUUGGAAAGGAUUUAUGCUGAACCCGAAAAUCGGCUUACUGAAAUUGUUAUCGCAGGAUUAUUUCCGACGUCAUAUGACAUAGAGGCCGGACAAAUUGGCCGUGGUGUUAGACCUGCUGUGAAGUUGGCACUGGACAUAGUUAAUAAUAAUACCGACAUACUUCCAGGAUAUGAUCUGCAGAUGACCUGGAAUGAUACACAGUGUGACAUGGCUAAAGCAACAAAGAUAUUUUUCGACAUGAUGCAUGAAAAUACAACAAAAGUGAUGUUAUUUGGAGAUGCAUGUCCUAACGUUACUGGUCCUUUAGCACAAAUAUCAAAGUGGUGGAAUAUGUCUCAAUUGUCAUAUGCCGACACUGAUCCAAAGCUGUCAGACAGAUCAACAUAUUCUAAUUUCUUUCGGACAGUUCCAAGCGAUAAAGAUUUUAACCCGGCCAAAGUGGCAUUUCUAAAGCGAUAUAAUUGGACAAGAGUGGCGACCUUAUUUCAAGAUGCAUCGAUAGAAUCUGACAGAUACGGUAUUGCACACAAUAAGUUUAUACAAGUCAUCGAUGAUGCCAAUAUAGAAGUUUUAAAAGUGGAGAGUUUUCUCGAUGAUCCAAGCUCAGCUGUCGAAAAUAUAAAGAAACUAGAUGCCAGAAUCAUUGUUGGUUUCUUUAACGAAACGAUGGCAAGGAAAAUAUUUUGUAGUGUAUUCCAGCAAAAUAUGUACGGUAAAAAAUAUCAGUGGAUUUUAGUUGGAGGUUAUUCGAAAAAAUGGUUUAGUACGAAAGAUAUUUCAGUCCCGUGUAGAAAACACGAAGUAUUACAAGCUGCUGAAGGAUAUCUUAUGAUGGAAUCUUUAAUUCUAACGCAUAGCAACGAACGUACGGCAUCAGGUUUGAAACCUAAAGAAUACAAGAAACACUAUAAUGAUGUACGUGACGGAGAGUUUAGUGUUUUUCAUGGUUAUGCAUUUGAUGGAAUUUGGGUGAUUGCUAAAGCCAUAGAUACAAUCCUAAGAAACAGGAAAUAUCCGACUGCAGUUGAAGAACAUUUUUUCAGGGGUGAUUCAAUGGCACUGGCGUUAAACGAAACAGAUUUUAUUGGAGUUACAGGACGGGUACACUUCGAUGGACCAGACAGAAUUGGAUUGGUAUCAAUCAAGCAACUGCAAGAUAAGAAAUUAAAAGAAAUUGGUACAUAUGAUAGAUCAACUGAUGAACUUGUAAUAACGGAUAAAAUACAGUGGACAGGAAACGGGCCACCUAUGGACAGAAAUCUAGUACGGACAGAAAUGUUAAGAGUGUCACCAGUGAUAUACUCUGGAAUAAGUGUCUUAGCUAGUAUUGGAAUUAUCAUAGCAGUCGUGUUUCUGGUAAUCAACAUUAUAUUCCGACACCACAGGUACAUUAAGAUGUCAAGUCCAAAUAUGAACAAUAUAAUAAUAAUUGGAUGCAUGGUGUCUUAUGCGAGUGUUUAUCUUCUUGGAUCAGAGGGAGGUUCAAUGAAAAGGAUUCACUCGUCUUCAUUGUGUGUAAUUCGUUCUUGGUUCUUGGCAGUUGGAUUUUCGUUAUCAUUUGGGGCUAUGUUUACCAAAACAUGGCGUGUUCAUGCAAUUUUUACCAACAUUAAAUUAAACAAAAAGAUUAUUCAUGAUUAUAAACUAUUUUGUAUGGUAUUCACACUGGUAUUGCUAGAUGCCAUCAUAUUGACCACGUGGCAGAUCAUGGAUCCGUUGUAUAAAGAUACCAGGAAUCUCAGUUCAUAUAUCAUGGGUGAUUAUGAGGUUAUACCAAUAAUGGAAUACUGCACCAGCAGUUAUAUACCGAUAUGGAUGGGAAUUAUAUAUGCUUACAAAGGAAUUUUGUUGGUAUUUGGUUGUUUUCUCGCAUGGGAUACAAGACAUGUUACUAUAUCAGCACUAAAUGAUUCAAAAUACAUUGGAAUGAGUGUCUACAAUGUUGUCAUGAUGUGUUUGUCAGGAGCAGCUAUCUCGUUUGUAAUAAAUGACAAACCUAAUCCAGAAUUUAUCAUCAUAAGUCUCCUGAUCAUAUUCUGUACAACCAUAACUUUGUGUCUUGUUUUUGUUCCAAAGAUAGUUGAAUUAAAAAUUGAUCCAAGAGGCGACGACAGAAGAAUACGAGCUACGCUUAAAAGGAAGGGAAAGAAAAAAGAAGAAAAUGGUCCAUUGUUUACAAAAGAUAUUAAAGAUGUCGAAGAACUAAACAAACACUACAAAGAAAUUAUCAAACAGAAACGUGCAGAAAUCAGAAAUCUACUUGAACAACUUGGAGAAGACCCCGACUCCUUUGUUUACAAAGGAAAAUAUACACUCGGUGAGACACCACGAAAAACAGUUGUUGGAUUGAGAAUUUCUGAUUCACCAACUAAAGUUUCUAGAGUCUCUUCAACAAUGGAGGGAGAAGAUUUGUCAAUGUGUUCAGAAUACACUAACACGUGGUCAGUUGAUACAUCUCAAGUGCGGAAACGACUGUUGUUAAUGUCAACAAAGUCGGUUACAAGUUCCGAAACAACAAAUACGGACAGCAUAGAACUUACAGAUUUAAGAAAAGGUCAGAAUAUCCGAAUGACAAAUAUGAGACAAUCAUCGUACGACGAGCAAGAGGAAUUCGGAGGGGUUUACCUUGGUCCACCAGAAUGCAAUAAGAUACAAAAAUGUAUUGGAAAUACUAAUGGCAGGAACCAUGUGAUACCAAAUAACAAGAUUAACGAGGAAGUUCGAUUAACUGAUCUGAAUUUGACAGUAAAAUAUAAUGCUAUCUCAGAUGUUGACAGUUUGUCAAGUUUUCCAGAUGAAGAGUUGACAUAUCUAUAG